AUGGAUCAUCAACAGCACCAGCACGCGAUACGCGGAAUGGUGCAGGCUCUUGAGGCAGCAAAAGGCAAAGGAAAAGGCAAGACGGGAUUCUCUUGCCGAAAAUCGACUUUUGCGGUUGCUGACAGUGAUAUCACCGUCGACUCGUGGAAAAUGAAUGACUGGGACUACAAAAAGAGCGACCUACCAACCUACGCACGAGGACUCUUUACAACUAAGAACUCCCACGGAAAUCCAGAGAUUGUGAUCAGAGGAUACGACAAGUUCUUCAAUGUGGAUGAGGUCAGAUCAACCGAGUGGAGGAACGUGGAGCGAGACACCGUCGGUCCUUACGAACUCAGUGUCAAAGAGAACGGAUGUAUUAUUUUCAUGUCUGGUCUUGAAGACGGCACACUAUUGGUCUGCAGUAAGCACUCGACGGGAGCACGCGACGAUGCUGCACAGAGCCAUGCCUUGGUGGGAGAGAAGUGGAUCAAGAGACAUGUAGAGAGUGUUGGCAAGACUACAGCAGAUCUAGCCAAACAGCUUCGAGCGAUGAAUGCCACCGCUGUAGGCGAGCUGUGUGACGACGAGUUCGAGGAGCAUGUUCUCGCAUAUCCUCCUGAGGUGGCUGGUCUCUACCUGCAUGGCAUCAACUUCAACUUACCAGAAUUUGCUACACUAUCCGGUCCCGAAGUGCACCAGUUUGCCGAUGCAUGGGGCUUCAAGAAGGCGGAGUAUCAGAUAAUCCAGCAAUUGGAUGAAGUGAAAGAAUUCUUGGCUAAAUGUGCAGAGACAGGAUCGUGGAACGGUCGUGAUACGGAAGGAUUUGUUGUUCGAUGUAAACUCAAGGAUACCUCUGGAAAUGCCGGGCUGGACUGGUUCUUCAAGUACAAGUUCGAGGAGCCUUACCUAAUGUACAGACAGUGGCGGGAAUGCACAAAAGCCGUCAUUGCUGGAAGGCCACCUCGAUUCAAAAAGCACAAGAAAUUUACCGAGGCAUACCUCCUCUACGCGAGGAAGAGAUUGGCACAAAAUCCAGCACUAGCCAAGCAAUACAAUCUGAACCAUGGUAUCAUCGAGAUGAGAGAUGGCUUCCUUGCAGAGAUUGGCAAGCGAGGUUCAGAUAUUAUCGCGGAAGAAGAGGCCAACGGUAGUGCAGAUGGACCAGUCAAUGUCUUGCUUGUACCUAUCGCUACUAUUGGUUGCGGUAAGACGACAGUCGCGAAGGCACUGGUCAAGCUGUUCGAUUGGGCUCAUUUUCAGAACGACAACGUUCAAGGCAAGGGAAACCGAGCUCAACGCUUCGUCCUUCAAAUCACUAACGCCAUGGCAACAAAUCCCGUGGUUAUUGCCGACCGCAAUAACCACCAGAAGCGUGAAAGAGCACAGAUCAUUGAAGAUGUGUCUAAAGUUAUACCUGAUACUAAGUUUGUCGCUCUGCAUUAUGUCCACGAACCAAAAGACAAAUUGCUUGGUAGCAUCCGUUCCAAGGGCGAAGCCGAGAUUGUUGGCAUUAUGGAGGGCUUCUUGCAAAGAUUUCAAGGAUGCGACACAAGCCAGCGGCCAGACUCGGAAUUCGACGAAGUGAUCGACCUUGAUGUCGCAAGCUCAUCUGCUGAAAACCUUGAAACCGUCAUCACACAUCUGUACCACGCUUAUCCGAGCAUCUUCAAAGGACGAGAGAUGCCAAAACAUCAGGAAAUAGACACUGCCAUCGACUGGGCCAUGAAUCACACUGUCACAGCUGAGGAGAUGCAUGACCUUUCUGGUACCUUCCAGGGAAAGAAGGAGAACAAACCGAGCAGCAACAGCAGUAAGCAGAAAACACCAGAGCCCAAACAGUUGACACCAGAGGAAUGUCUCAAGCGACUGGAGUACUUUGGAAUCACACUGUCCACUACAAAUGUCAAUUCUGUACUCUCAAAUCUUUUCUCGAACGCCGCGGCUGAAGAGAGCAAAUUUUACAAACAGCUCAAGGGCACGAACCGAAUCCAGAAGGAGUUCCACGUCACUCUGAUGCAUAGAGCAAACUCUACGACCAACAACCACACUUGGCAGACCUACGCGGAUCUGUACAAGGACGUGUUGGAGAAGCAAGGGACAGCCGACCGAACACCUAGUCUGGGACCUGCUCGAUUGCGACUGGAACGCGUCAUUUGGGACGAUCGAGUCAUGGGUAUCAUGGUCAGGAUCCUGCCUUCGUCCAGUGGCACAAUCUGGGGUAGUGCAAACGAGUACCCGCAUAUCACAAUUGGCACGGCAGGGGAUGGCAUCAAGCCCGUGGAAACGAAUGCACUCAUGAAGAGGUGGGCUGAGUCAGAUGGCCAGGACAACAGUAUUAUAAGCAAGGAGAUUCCCGGAAUGAAAGAGGUGGAAGGUGCUGUGAAACCAGUCUUCCAGCGAGGCCGAUAG